UUGGAAGGAGAAGCACCUCGCUUUGGGGUGGCAUUUUGAGGAAGGAGAAUAGCAACCAGACAGACUUCAGAAUGGUACCGAGUGCCUAGGCUGUGCUCUUCCCGUGUCCCGUGGGACACCUUAGGGUGGGGUAAAUUGCUGUAUUGUCUGUGUGAACCUAAAGGCAAACAGACCUCCUAUGAGAUAGGGCUGUUCCUGUAUCAAACAAGACUGAUUGGUGUGAUCCAAAUGACAUUUUUUUUUUUAAGGAAGUCCAUAUAGACCAAGAGCUUUGAUGUAACAACUGAACUAACUUGAGGCAGCCUUGAAAGUGAACUGUGGGUAGAUGUGGGCUUGCAGCUAGUGCUAGGUGACCUUGCACGUGUCCCCGCAGUAUACACUACGGCAGUGUUUGCUGCCAGCUUCCUGGGCUUUGUGAGUGCAGUUGUGAUUUCCUCCUCCUGCUGUAGAAAGAUUUUCUCUUUUGCACUGAAGUAUCGAACACUUCCUGGCACCUGGCGGGAGGACAGUUUGUUUAAAAUGUGCUAGGUAGUGCCAGGCAGAAAGGCAGUGAUCCCGGCCGCAGAGAGCGCGCAUGGAGGGCCAGGGGGGAAGCGCUCCAGGAGAAGGUAACAUGGCCCCCCGCGGGGGGCAGAACUCCUCUCCGGCUGCCCUUGAAAAUGGUUUGAAACCUAAUGAAGAGCCUCUUCUCAGGAAGAAUCCCCAUCGAUUUGUCAUCUUCCCCAUCCAGUACCCAGACAUAUGGAAAAUGUAUAAACAAGCUCAAGCUUCUUUUUGGACAGCAGAAGAGGUUGACUUAUCAAAGGACCUAUCACACUGGAACAAGCUAAAAUCAGAUGAAAAAUACUUUAUCUCUCAUGUUCUGGCCUUCUUUGCAGCCAGUGAUGGAAUUGUAAAUGAAAACCUGGUGGCACGUUUUAGUCAGGAGGUGCAGAUUCCAGAGGCUCGUUGUUUCUAUGGCUUUCAGAUCCUUAUUGAGAAUGUUCACUCAGAGAUGUACAGCUUGCUUAUAGACACUUACAUCAAAGAUCCCGAGAAAAGGGAUUAUUUGUUUAAUGCUAUUGAAACAAUGCCUUGUGUCAAGAAGAAAGCAGACUGGGCUUUGAAAUGGAUUGAAGAUAGAGAAUCUACUUUCGGUGAGAGGGUGGUUGCCUUUGCCGCAGUUGAAGGAAUCUUCUUUUCGGGUUCCUUUGCUGCUAUAUUUUGGCUGAAGAAGAGGGGCCUGAUGCCUGGAUUGACUUUCUCCAAUGAGCUUAUUAGCAGAGAUGAGGGUCUACACUGUGAUUUUGCUUGUCUGAUGUUCCACUAUUUGGUGAACCGACCAUCAGAAGAGAGGGUCCGUGAGAUCAUUGUUAAUGCAGUUGAAAUUGAGCAGGAGUUUCUAACGGAGGCGUUACCUGUAGGUCUGAUUGGAAUGAAUUGCACUUUGAUGAAACAAUAUAUUGAAUUUGUUGCAGACCGAUUACUUAUGGAGCUUGGGUUCUCAAAGGUCUUUCAUGCAGAAAAUCCUUUUGAUUUCAUGGAGAAUAUUUCUCUGGAAGGAAAAACAAAUUUCUUUGAGAAGCGGGUUUCAGAAUAUCAACGUUUUGCUGUUAUGGCAGAAACAAUGGACAAUGUUUUCACUCUGGAUGCAGAUUUUUGAUACCUUGACAAAGAAAGGGUGACAGUUUCCCUUUCCUCCUUUUAUUUUUUGCUGUGAAGUUGUCUCUACUUCCUCUCUUGGAAUUAGAAUCUAUUGGGAUUUUUUUUCCUGGCUUUUCAUGGUCUUUGUCUUCAGAGUAAACAUAUUUUGGUGUGUGUCAUGUUUCUUUUUUUAAAAAAGGGUCAUUAAAAAAAUUUCAGACUUUUUAAAAGGAUGGCCUUUUUAAGAUUUCUUUGAUACAUCUGCUGUAAUUGCUGCCUUUAAAAAAUGACCUGGCUACUACUACUUUUUUAAAGACUACAUUAGUGUUUUAAGAAAGCAAGCUACGUAUUUGCCUCAUAUUAUGGUAUUUUAUUCUGAAAACCAGAUGAGGUAUCACUCUAUGUAUAUAUGUUGCUAUAAAUUAUUUUUGUGGUUUGUAUUUUCAUGUUUAUAGAUCUGAUGUAGAAAAAAUACUUUUCCCUUUUGUCCUGCUGCAGAAAGAGUAGUAAGCGAAUGUGCAAAGAUGUUAAUAAGCUGUGAGCUAUAAGACCUUAUUAAGCCCAAGGAUACAGUUUAUUAACCUAGGUUCUGUCUGAAGCAGUUUUCAUUCUGAUUGCCAACCUGAUCCCUACUGAUAGAAAUUUAAGACAGAAAUCAUUCAUAUUUGAUUUACAGCUGUUAUUAAGCAGGUCAGAGUACCUUGAAUUGCCCUUAAGAAGGCAAGCCUGUAAAUAAUGGAGAAAAAACACAUCCUAUGGUUUGACUUGUGCAGCCUGCUUUUUCCUGCUUCUUUUAGCAAGUGCCUUAUUAGCCAGCCUGUGGCUGGGCUGAGUUGCAGUCGGCAUCGGGAACUGGAACAGCCGGCUCUGGGUGUUGGCUUUGCUCUCUCCAUUGUGCUGGGUGAUUUGAUAUUCUCCUCUUCUCAGUUUCACCUGAGCGUUGAUGGUGUAAGAAGGCAUAUCAUUCCCAGGGAUUAUCUCUUGAGGUACUACCAGCAUACAACCUGAGCUGUAAGGAAACCUCGUAAUGUACUGAGGUACUUUCAGAAUUGCAUAUUUAAUGUGAACCAUUGAAAUGUUGCAGAAGAGGUUUUGGCGUAAGGUGUUAGACCCUUUUAAAAACAAGUCUUGAAGUAGUAUGGAUUAUCAGCAUUUUACAGAUGAUUGCCGUAUGGUUUUCAGUGCGUUCCAAUGCCUGAAAACUUUUUAAUUUCCUGAUAACACGUGCAGAAAAUGGAGCAGCUGAAGAAUGGCUAAUACGCUGUAGUGAUACUUGGGAUGAAAAAGAUAGUACUCUCUUGUAGGUGGAUUGUUUGCAAUUAGAUAUGCUCACUUUUUUAUUUUUUUCCCCUCAAAGGUGAAGAAAGUGUACAUGAGCUAGACAAGAGGUUCUACUUUAUUAAACUAAGAGUUUUUUCAUAGCUUUUAUAAGUGACUUUCAUUUUGUUCCAAAUAUCUUGUGCUGCUUUCAGUAUGCGUGGUGUAAAGUGAGCUGGCAGUUCAGGAUUAUUGGUGAUCGGAUGAUAUGAGUCCUCUUUCCCUGUCUGAAUUCCGUCAAAUAAGUCCAUCGCAUUAGCAUGGUUCCUAGUAAACUGUUGUCCCUGGGGUAAAAAUAAGCAGCAAACCUGACCUUUGCUUUUUAUUUGGUCUGAGCAAAAGAUCAUGAUUUCUUAAUGAGCAUAAAAACAGGAUAGCUGUUUAGAGAGCAGCCUGCCUCAAUUGCUGUAAAGUACUUGGGAGGCAGAGGCGGACCUGAAGAAUACAAGAAAAAGCUAGAACUGGUGUCACUCAAUAACAUCCUGCAAUUGCAAAAGAACUACAGACACCGGAGAGGCAACCCAGCACCUUUUGCAAAUACUGUGUUGAUGUGGCAGAAAUGUUGUAAACAGGUCUGUUGGAGAAAUGGAACCUGUUUAUAGUCACUAAAAGCAUUUUUUGUGUUGUGACUUAAGAUGAAAGUAUAGAAAAUAUGUAAAAGUUUCAUAUUUGAAUGUGCUCAGGUUCUCUAAAUGUGUAUGAGAUACCAAAGUGUGGCAACAAUCCCAUUCCCCCGUUUGUGUGUAAAAUAUUUAUAUAGUUUCAAUAAAACUUGAACAUGGAGAAGAAAA